AUGUACCUCGGACUUGCUCGAGACCAGGUCCAGGCAGACAGGCACCGCUUUUCCCGCCGACUACUUGCUGACGUCCGCGAACGGCGUCAAGACACAUGGGGUUGGGUAGUCUACCGCACGACCUACAAAUCCGACGCCGCCUUCUCCAGGGCAAUCGACGUCCUCAACUCCUGGAUCAAGGCAGAAGUCUACCAAGACGCAGACCCGCGCUCCUCCGGCGUCCAAAAUCCAGAUCCCACGCCUAACAACGAGCUAUGGGCGUGCCACCGCCUGACCAUCAUGGAUGACCCGGCAACUCUCGACGGCGCAUCCAUCGAGGAUGUGCGUUCGCAUUUCGAGUCGUGGGUAGAAGGCCAGGGGCAGCGCGAUCGGUGGAACAAGUAUCGCGUGUGCAUGGUGCUCGAUGACGAGAUCCUGUCGCUGCUUGCUCAGGUGCCGACUGCGGAGGAGCAUGCGGAGAGGCAUGGGCGGUGUGGGGAGGAGAUCAACAAGUGGUACGUUAAGGUUGUGGAGGCGUUUCCGGAUCCGGAUGAGGGGGAAGAGGUGGAGGGGUGGCAGGGGUGGAUGUAUUGUUCGGUUUUUACACUGGUGAGGCUGUGGGAUACGAUGGGGGAUGGGGUGUUCAUGGUGCAUUUCUUUUGUGAUAAUGAGGAGGGGGUUUUUUCGUCGUGA